AGAUUUUUUGACAACAUGGCAAUGAAUCAAUGCCAAUGAUUCAGCGGAAGUCGAUUAGAUUGCCUAUUUAUCAGUUUUAAUUGUUCAUUAUAUAAUUUUGUUUCUUGAUUGAAAUUUCUAAUCAAUUAUUCAUUCUUACUUUGCUGUCUUCUUGGUUGCCGAUUUAAAACAAUGACCAGUAGUAGUGUUUCCGAACCUGGAGCUGCUCCAACAUCAAAAGGCGUCUUUGAUAAAUUAAUAUUAAAGGUUAACUUAGCUGAUGAUUAUCGUUUAGUACCUCUUAACAACGAGGAUAUCACUUACGAUGAGUUAAUAAUCAUGAUGGAACGGCUGUUCAAAGGAAAAUUGGGGCCUAAAGAUGAUGUUUUAGUAAAGUUUAAAGACUGGGAUGGUGAUUUAAUCACAAUAACUGAUGACGCUGACUUGAAUUUCGUUAUCCAAUGUUGCAGUCAUGCUACAAUCAAUACACUUCGUAUGACGGUUUUUAUCAAAGAAGAGCCGGUGGCAAGCAACAAUUCUAAAAAGCAAAAUGCUGAACCUCAAGUCGUAAAUGGAGAGACCCAAACGGUAAAUCAAUCAACAGAGCAGCCUGCGACCAUCCAACCGUCGGUGCAACAUUUAUCCACUGGUUUCAAUAAAAAAGCUGCCAGUCUUACUGGGCCUUCAAGUUUCCAAAUUUGUCCUCCUAUGCCACAAGGUCCUCCUCCUCCUGGUUCAUCAUCUGAUUUUUCAAAUCAACCUUUAGGACCUCCUAGAGGUGCUGGUGAUAUUUUUGGCCAAGAUCGACAACAACAGUCUCAGCAGCAACAACAGUCUCAACAACAUCAGCAGCCUCAGCAACAUCAACAGCAUCAACAGCCGCAGCAACACCAACAGCAUCAACAGCCGCAUCAACAACCUCUAGGACCUCCUAGAGGACCUGGUGAUAUUUUUGGCCAAGAUCGACAACAUCAGCAUCAGCAGCCGCAGCAACAUCAACAGCAUCAGCAUUAUCAACAGCAACAAGGUCCACCGCUAGGUCCACCUCAAGGUCCUCCACAAGGGCCACCUCUUGGUCCACCGUUAGGUCCACCGUUAGGCCCACCGCAAGGAUCAUCGCAAGGGUCAUCGCAGGGUCCAUCUCAAGGUCCUCCAUUAGGUCCACCACUCGGACCACCACUUGGACCACCCCUUGGCCCACCACUAGGCCCACCACUCGGCCCUCCACAAGGACAUCUGCAAGGUCCCCCUCAAGGUCUUCAGCAAGGUCCACCCCAAGGCCCACCACAAGGUCCACCACAAGGCCCACCGCAAGGUCCACCGCAAGGUCCACCGCAAGGUCCACCACAAGGUCCACCACAAGGCCCACCGCAAGGGCCACCUCAAGGUCCACCCUACCAGCAACAUCAGCAACAACAAGGACCGCCGAUGUAUUUAAAGCGAGGAUAUCCUCCUGUCAACGGAUAUCAAUGGCAAUAAAUUUUAUUGACCUAACUAUCUUAUUAUUACUAUCUUAUUAAAUAUUGUAUUAAUCUAAAAAAUUAAAAAUAUUUCAACAAUCUUUAA